GUUGUUUGCACCACCUGCGAUCCGGUGCGAAUGUUUAGUUACUAGUUACUGGAUAUCCUCCGAAAAUUCUGGUUUUACUCGCCAUUCAGUCAAUAGAAAAUAGUGCUAGUUACUCCUAUAAGCAAACAUUUACAAAAUGAGUACUGAAAACGUAUCGCCUGUCCUAAAUCUAGAAAAAUGUACUGUAAUUUUACUCGAUGUUGCCGGCACCACCACAUCACAUAGCUACGUAAAGGAUACCCUUUUGACUUUUGUGUCCAAACAAGCCGAAGAGUAUCUGAAGACCAACUGGGAUGACAGUUCUGUCAAAGAGGCAGUCAAAGCUCUGAAAGAUGAUUCUCUUGAUCUUGCCGCCGCAAGCUCUCUAGUCAAGGAGCUCUCUGAGAAAAACGACGAAAAUGUGGGAUUGAAAACCAUUCAAGGGCUGAUCUACAAGAGCGGAUAUGACAGCGGUGAUCUCAAAGCACACGUUUUCUCCGAUGUCCCUUCUUGCCUUGAGUCGUGGGCAAAAACCCGCAAAAUCGCCAUUUUCUCUACCGGUAGCGUGGACUCGCAAAAACUGCUGUUCUCGCACACUACAGAGGGUGACAUAUCAGCACAUAUCUCCAGUUAUUUCGACCAAACCGUCGGCAAAAAGACGGAAGCCAGCAGCUAUGAGAAAAUCGCCAAGGAAUUGGAAGUCAAGCCAGAAGAAAUCUUGUUUGUCACUGAUCUAGUUGCAGAGGCGGAAGCGGCUAAAUCCGCAGGAUUGUUGACAGCCAUCAUUGCCCGAGAAGGCAACGAAAAGUUGCCGGAAGACGCCGCUAAGGAAUAUCCCGUCUUCAAGAGCUUCGAAGAUUUCGUUUUCGAAAAAGCGGCCAAACGCAAAAACGAAGAGGCCGCCGCCACAGAGGAGCAACCGCCUUCGAAAGUCGCUAAGACUGAAGAAGUGAAACCAGCCAAAGAAGAGCCUGCAGAGGAAAAGCCAUCAGAAGAGGCCAAACCAGCAGAAAAAUCUGCUGAGGCAGCACCAUCUGUGGAGCAAAUCGAGGAUGAAGCUAUGGAGGUUGACGCCCACGAAAAAACUGAAGAGAAAGUGGCUAAACCAGCUACGUCAGAGAAGUCCGUUGAACCGACAAAAGAACCAGUACCAGAAACCACUGCUAAACCUGCUGAGCCAACCGAAACUGAAAAACCGACUAAAACUGUAUCAGCCCCUGAAAAGACUGAAGAAAAGCAAGCUGAAUCCAAGACUGAAGAGAAAAUAGAAAAACCACAGACUGAAGCCAAACCAGUAGUAGAAUCCACAAUGGAAUGUGACGAAGUUGCAGAAAAAAUCGAGAAAAAUGUCGAAAAAGUUGAAGAAAAAACGGAAGUAAAAAAAGUUGAGGAAACAGAGAAAGAAAAACCAAAAGAAGCUAGCAAAACUGCAGAAAACAAAGAAACUGUUGUUGAAGAAGACAAAAUCUGUGAUAAACCAGUAGAAGAAAAGAAAGUAGAAGUUGAAACAAAAACAGUAGAAGAUAAAGUAACUGACAACAAAGAGAAAACGAUAGAGGCAGCUUCUGAACCAACUGAGACAAAUUCCAAGAGCCAGGAAGAAAACAAAACAGAAGCUACCAAAGUAGAGGACACCAAACCAGAAAUAGAAGAAAAGAAAGCUGAAGAAACUAAACCAGAAGCUGCUAAAGCAGAAGAACCCAAACCAGAUGCUGCUGAAGUAAAAGAAUCUAAACCAGAAGAAGUUAAACCAUCAGAAGCGGCAAAAAAAGAAGAAACCAAACCCGAAAAAGAAACCUCAACUGUUGAAAAAAGUAAACCCGUUGAGGAAAGUAAGACAGCACCAGCAGAAAAUGGAACAGAGAAAACAGAGAAUGGUACUUCAGAAGAAGAGACGAAGGUAGUCGAGAAGGAGAAGGAGAACAAAAGCGAGAUGGCGAAUGGCAUCGAGAAAGAAACGACCAAUGGCGUCGCCGAUGAAGAGAAGCAGAACGGCGAAAAGGAAGAAUCGUCCAGCAACGUAGAAGAAAUCAAAGCGAAGAAAAUCGAAGAGCCUUCUGCCGAAAGUGCUCCCCCUGUAAGUGUGGAGGUUUAAUUGUUUAUAUCUAAUGCGUUUCGAUGUAAAUGUAUACAUUUGUAGUGCUCUUUUUUAUUUAUUAUCACGGAACUCUAUUUUUAAGAAGCUUUCUUGGUUUUCUACAGGGUGCUCUGCUAUAGAAUGACAUUUCAAUAUAAUGAUUAUUGUUUUUGUGGGUUUGCCCUGUAGAUAGAUCUAUAUGCGUUUCUGUUUUAUAUUUGUGAGAGAUUUUCUAGUUUGAUGAUUUUUUCCUGUGUUCCGAUGGGAAGGGAAAAAAUGUUUCUAAAAUGUGCCAACUGAGUUGAAGACUGGAUCCACAUUAAGACUGCAUUGGCAUUUUAUCAACUUUUAAUAUCACAAUCAGUAUUUUCGUUUGCCACUUUUGGAAAUUGACUUAUUGAGACGGAGGAUGUUCUAGGGUCAGUAUUGCUUUUUUCUUGGCUGUGUUUGGUAUUUAAUAAAUUGUCUUCAUUUUCUACAAAAAAGGGGCAAACGACCAACCUAUUUUAAUUCUGUAUCAUUGUCUCUGUGUGUAUUGUUAACAUUCCUCGUUUAAUGUAUUUUGACUGUCUUAUUAAUUUUUUUUUAUUGAAAAUACUCAUUGCUUAGAUCUUGAUAAUCAUUUCUCUUAGCGUUUUCCACUCAUUAUGUGAUAAACAAAGAAAAAAUAUGAAUUGGUAAACAUCACAUUUCGAGCGAUUUUUCUUGUGUUAACUUUUCUAGUUUUUAAGUAUUAUUUUGGUGUACAGGCCUAUGAUAAGUGGCUGCAACUCUUGUAUACGUUCAAGCUCAUUAAAAGUUUUGUAGCGUUAUGUAUG